UGAUUUAAUUUAACUCUCCACACAAAAAUAACCCUUCUCAAAUUUCCCCAAAUCGUCUCUCCACCACCGUCGCCGGCCGGAAAAUCCAGUCCUCCGCCGUCGUAUCACCCCUCCGCACUUUGAUUCCAUCCGAUACACACAUAAAACCUCUUUCAUACACUUUGUAUACUUUUUCAUUUUCAUUCAAAUUCAAUUUUCUCUUCAAUCGCUUUUGUUGCCGCCGCCGUUCGCCGGCGCGUUUUUGUCACCGCGACGGCCUACUUUUUCCGACGUGAGUACGCUUGCUAACGUGCGCCGAUUUUUUCUGAAUCCGUACACGCACACACAUACGUAAUCCAUCUAUAUAUAUACGUAUAUAUGGAGCCUUAUUCGUAACAAAUGUUACAGUCAGAAUGGCGUUUUUUAGAAACUAUACAAAUGCAACAGUUUCAGAUGGUGAUUUGAAUGACAAGAGGCCAGGUGGAAGUAUAGAGAGACUCGAGAACAUCAUAGGAAACGAUGAUAUGGAAACAACUUCGGGUAUGGAUAAAGGGUUUACGACAAAGAUUAAGUCACUAAAUGAGUCAGUGGCUGAGGAUGACGGUAACUUAUUGAAUUUAACGACUAAUACUACUACUACUAUGAGGAAAACAUCUGGGAAAUGGGGUUCGACAUUUUGGAAGGACUGUCAACCAAUGCAUCAAGGGCGUGGGUCUGACUCAGGGCAGGAAUCGAAAAGUAGUUCUGGUUAUAACGUUGAAGAUGGAUCAUGCAAUGAUUUGUCAGAAGUAAAUAAAGGUCAAAAUGUUGAUGAGAUGUUGUCUGAUGAUUAUUACGAGCUGGAUGGAGAUGAGCAAAAUGAUUCGAUGCACCACAAGUUAGUAAACAAUGCAGCUGGUUAUAAUUCAAUACCACAGCGGCAUGUUGCCGCACAUAACUUUUUGUCUAGAAACAAGUCAAAAGCUUCUUUUGGGAGUGAGUAUGUCCAGGAUGCUGAUUUUGAAGAUGAUGAGGAGGAAGAAGAUGAAGAUGACCCUGCAGAUGCAGAUUUUGACCCUGAUCUAGUUACAACAAGUGUUGGAAGAGGGAAGAAGGUAGAUGAUGAAGACUGGGACGGUGUGGAUUUAGAGGAAGAUGAUAACUUUGAGGAUGACGAAUUUGACAUCUCAGACGACGAUAUUUAUAAGAAAGCAAGAGGCAUGCAAAGGCAGAAGCGUGGUUCAAAGUCUAGUAGAGAACCUAAACCGUCAACAUUUUUGAGUCGGAGGAAGAGAGGUAGAACAUCAUUUGAUGAUGAAGAAGAAUUAAAUGAUUCAGAUGAUGAUUUCGAAGAGGACUUCAAAAGUACAAGGAGAAAAGGUCAUCCUCGCAAAGACACUACAAAAGCUUCUGGGAGGAUCAAUGAAGUUAGAACUUCAACCAGAUCUGUGCGCAAAGUAUCGUAUGUUGAAAGUGACGAGAGCGAAGAGCAUGAUGAAGAUGUCAAGAGAAAGACCCACAAGGAUGAGAUGGAAGAGGAAGAUGGUGACUCCAUUGAGAAGGUGCUCUGGCACCAGCCAAAGGGCAUGGCAGAAGAAGCUGCGCGGACCAACAAAUCUACGGAGCCUCUAUUGUUGAACCAUUUAUUUGACACAGAGCCAGAUUGGUAUGAUACUGAAUUCUAUAUCAAAUGGAAAGGCCAAUCACAUUUGCAUUGUCAAUGGAAAUCAUUUUCUGAACUACAAAAUCUGAGUGGCUUUAAGAAGGUUAUAAACUACACUAAAAAAGUUAUGGAGGAAAUAAAGCAUAGGAGAGCGGUAUCUCGUGAGGAGAUUGAGGUUAUUGAUGUGAGCAAGGAGAUGGAUUUGGAUCUUAUCAAGCAGAAUUGUCAGGUCGAAAGAAUAAUUGCUGAUAGACUUAGCAAAAGCUUGGAAGUGCCAGAGUAUUUGGUUAAGUGGCAAGGACUCUCUUACGCCGAAGCCACAUGGGAGAAGAUUGAUGAUAUUGCUUUUGCACAAGCAGCAAUUGAUGAAUAUAAGACUAGAGAAGCUGCGCUUGCAGCUGCACAAGGAAAAAUGGUAGAUUUCCAGCGAAGAAAGAGUAAAGCAAGUUUGAGAAAACUUGAUGAACAACCUGAUUGGUUAAAAGGCGGGAAACUGAGAGACUAUCAACUUGAGGGAUUGAAUUUUCUUGUUAAUAGUUGGAGAAACGAUACAAAUGUUAUAUUAGCUGAUGAAAUGGGUCUUGGAAAAACUGUUCAGUCGGUUUCUAUGCUUGGUUUUCUCCAGAACUCACAACAAAUUCAUGGGCCUUUUCUUGUUGUUGUUCCUCUAUCAACUCUGUCAAAUUGGGCUAAAGAGUUCAGAAAGUGGCUUCCUGAUAUGAACAUGAUUGUAUAUGUUGGGACUCGUGCAAGUCGAGAGGUUUGUCAGCAAUAUGAAUUUUUCUCUGAUAAGAACACUGGUGGCACUACGAAAUUUGAUGCACUAUUGACUACCUAUGAAGUUUUACUAAAGGACAAGACAGUGCUAUCAACAAUUAAGUGGAAUUAUCUUAUGGUUGAUGAAGCACAUAGGUUAAAAAACAGUGAAGCAUCAUUAUAUACAACACUCAAGGAAUUCAGAACGAAAAACAAGCUUCUUAUUACUGGCACUCCCCUGCAAAAUAGUGUGGAAGAACUAUGGGCGUUGCUUCACUUUCUUGACUCAGAUAAAUUCAACAGCAAGGAUGAAUUUGUUCAGAAUUACAAGAACCUUAGUUCAUUUAAUGAAAAUGAGCUUGCUAACCUUCAUAUGGAGUUACGGCCUCACAUUUUGCGAAGAGUUAUAAAGGAUGUGGAGAAAUCAUUGCCCCCAAAGAUUGAGCGUGUUCUUCGGGUUGAGAUGUCUCCUCUACAGAAGCAGUAUUACAAGUGGAUUUUGGAACGCAAUUUUCAUGACUUGAACAAAGGUGUACGUGGAAAUCAGGUUUCCCUUUUAAACAUUGUGGUUGAGUUGAAGAAAUGUUGUAAUCAUCCAUUCCUUUUUGAGAGUGCUGAUCAUGGUUACGGUGGGGACUCUGGAAUUACUGGUAGCAGUAAACUGGAGCGGGUAAUUCUUAGUAGUGGAAAGCUAGUUAUCCUAGAUAAGCUUCUUGACAGGCUGCAUGAGACCAAUCAUCGUGUUCUAAUAUUUUCACAGAUGGUUAAGAUGUUGGAUAUAUUAGCAGAUUACUUGUCAAUUAAGGGAUUCAAGUAUCAGAGACUCGAUGGAAGUACAAAGUCUGAGGUGCGUCACCAAGCUAUGGAGCAUUUUAAUGCACCAGGCAGUGAUGAUUUCUGCUUCCUUCUUUCUACUCGUGCUGGUGGUUUAGGAAUCAACCUUGCAACCGCAGAUACAGUCAUCAUAUUUGACUCGGACUGGAAUCCUCAAAAUGAUCUGCAGGCAAUGAGCAGAGCUCAUAGAAUCGGACAACAGGAGGUUGUUAAUAUAUAUAGGUUUGUGACAAGCAAGAGUGUUGAGGAAGACAUCUUGGAACGUGCAAAAAAGAAGAUGGUACUCGACCAUUUGGUUAUUCAGAAACUAAAUGCUGAAGGAAGGUUGGAGAAGAAAGAAGCAAAAAAAGGGAGUGGUUUUGACAAGAAUGAGUUAUCAGCUAUUUUGAGAUUUGGGGCAGAGGAACUGUUCAAGGAAGAUAGAAAUGAUGAAGAAAACAAAAAGCGUCUUCUAAGCAUGGAUAUUGAUGAAAUUCUUGAAAGAGCAGAGAAGGUUGAACAGAAAGGAGCUGAAGGAGAACCUGGAAAUGAAUUGCUGAGUGCAUUUAAGGUUGCAAAUUUCUGCUCUGCUGAGGAUGAUGGAACUUUCUGGAGUCGUUGGAUAAAACCUGAAGCCAUUGCACAUGCUGAUGAAGCUUUAGCUCCACGGGCUGCAAGGAACAGCAAGAGUUAUGCUGAGGUCAUCCCACCUGAAAGAAAUAACAAAAGGAAAAAGAAGGGUAUUGAAUUUCAAGACAAAGGUAUGAAGCGUCGAAAGGCUGAUUAUUCAAGUUAUCAAACUCCAGCAAUUGAGGGAGCCUCUGCCCAAGCAAGGGGUUGGUCAUAUGGUACCUUGCCUAAGAGAGAUGCCACACGUUUUUUUCGUGCGGUUAAGAAGUUUGGAAACGACAGCCAAAUUAGCUUAAUAGCAACUGAGGUUGGUGGUUGUGUCGAAGCUGCUCCAGUAGAGGCACAGGUGGAGCUUUUUGAUGCAUUACUAGAUGGUUGUAGAGAAGCGGUUAAUGCAGGAAGUCUGGAUGCCAAGGGGCCAAUGUUGGAUUUUUUUGGUGUUCCUGUAAAGGCUGAUGACCUCUUAAACCGUGUUGAAGAACUUCAACUCCUUGGAAAGCGCAUUAACCGAUACAAUGAUCCAAUCUCACAGUUUCAGGCUUUGAUGUACCUCAAACCUGCAACUUGGUCUAAAGGUUGUGGGUGGAACCAGAAGGAUGACGCGAGGUUGCUACUAGGGAUCCAUUAUCAUGGAUUUGGGAACUGGGAAAAGAUAAGGAUGGAUGAAAAGCUCGGUCUUUUGAAGAAGAUUGCUCCAGUUGAGCUUCAGCAUCAUGAAACAUUCCUGCCACGAGCUCCUCAGUUGAAAGAACGCGCCUCUCAACUUCUUGAAAUGGAACUUGCGUCUGUUGGUGGUAAGAGUUUUGGGAACAAAGGGGGUCGGAAGGGUUCUAAAAGGCAGCAGAAGGAUCAUCCACCCAACAAUCCUACUUUCCGUGGGAAAGGCAAACAGGUGAAACCAGGUGGAUCUCCUGUCACAAACGGUAAAUCGAAGAUGACACGUGGGAAGAAGAAAGAGGCUUUGGUUAAAGAGGAAGGUGAGAUGUCGGACACUGAAGAAGUUUAUGAACAGUUUAAGGAAGUGAAAUGGAUGGAAUGGUGUGAAGAUGUCUUGACUCAAGAGAAAAAGACACUUGAGCGCCUUCACAGGUUACAGACGACCAGUGCCGAUCUUCCUAAAGAAAAGGUUCUUUCUAGAAUCAGAAAUUAUCUACAGCUUCUUGGGCGAAAGAUUGAUCAGAUUGUCACCGACCAUGAGCAGGAUCCGUACAAGCAAGAGAGGAUGACAACACGGCUGUGGAAUUACGUCUCAACCUUUUCAAACUUAUCGGGUGGUAAACUUCAACAGAUAUAUUCCAAACUCAAGCAAGAAAACGAGGUUGCAGCCGGAGUGGGUACUUCCCAUAUCAACGCAGGAGGUUCUAGAAAUCAAUCAUCAUCUGCAUUACUUAACAACAACAAAGGUGGCCUUGAUACAGCAAAAUUUGAAGCAUGGAAAAGGAGGCGACGGGCUGAAUCUGACCCGAAUACAACUGCCCAUUUACAACAACGACCAUCCUUCAGCUCGCCUGACCCGGGUUUGGGAAUUCUUGGACCCGCGCCAUCUCACAAUAGUAGACCCACACGCCAGUCUGCUUUUGGUCCAAAACAAGGUUUCACAUGAGGAGGAUCAGAGAGCUGCCUCAACCAUAAACCACCUUAUGUUGGAUUUAGUUUUGUCUCGUGGAAAUAAAAACAUAGUACUUUCUGAAGCAGUUUGGUUGGAUAAUCCAGUAAUAAGCAGGUGGUUAUGGUGAACAUCAUUGGACAUCUGCUUCACAAGAAAAUGGACAAAGGACAAAAGUAAAUGGAAUCAUGCUGCAACCACAAAAGUUUUUGGUCUUUUUUUCUUUCUUUCAUAUAUUAGUAGGCACUUGGUUCGGUUUUCUAUAUUUAGUAGUCACAGUUUGAGAUAUAGCAAACAAUUUGUAUGUAACCGAAUUUGUACACUAUGCGGAUUUUGUUUACCAAAUAUCUUGCUUGUGGUUGUAGCAUGAGAUCAACUUAAUAGAUCUCAUAUGAUUUGAUUAUUAUUUUUAAUUUUCACCAAA